AUGGACCUCAAGCGCCUCGUGACGGCAAGAGAGCGGCCCAGGUUGUCUCUUGCGGAGGCGGCUGCUCCCUUGACGUCGGGGUCCGUCGACGACACGGGCCUGACACAGGACACGGGGAGCCUCGCAAUCGGCAGCUCCGGCACCACGAGCAUCGGUUUCGCCGUCGUGCCUUCCGGAGAUGCGGUACUGAGCAGCAUGGACAUCGACGCGUUGCCGGAGAGCGCCCCAGGCAUCGCAGCGCCAGGUGCUGCUGCCGCCCCAUUAGGUGCACUGCCCGGCCUGCCCGGCCCGCCGUUACCCCUCGACCUGCUCCGCGAGUUGAUGGAGACGGAGGCCCUCCACGUCUUCCCCUUCGUCCAGGCGGUGGACCAGCGCACCCGCGCCGAAGAGCUGCCCGUGACCCUCCCGACGACCUGGGAGGUCGCCAAGAAGUUCCUGCACAAGUUGGCCUACAAUGUGGACGCUCAGGCCCUGUUCGCGUGCAGUGACAAGCGGAGGGAGGUCAAGAUGGCCCACCUCUCCUCCCUGCUGGCUCGCUGCGACGCGGUGCUGGUUUCGGAGGCACACGGCACCUCGGGGCAGCAUGCGGCGUGGGGGGCACCGGCGGGAACAGCGGCAUGGUGGUCAGCCGGAGCUAGUGCAGCUCAUGCUGGGGACGGGAUCGUAGUCAAGCACAGUUUUCUUAGCAAUUUCACGGAGAUUACUUGGAAGGUCAUAUGGCCUGGAGAGCUGCCAGGCUUGAGCUGCUGGGUCCUUCAGGCUGGCAGAAGUAUGCUGCGCGACAACUCCGAGCCGCACUGCAGCCAGACCAGGGGGGCUCUUUUCAAGAGGUAUUCGCCUGCAGGCCUGUGGUAUUCGCCUGUGGUAUUCGCCUGCGGUGCUAGCCUGUGGUAUUCGCCUGCGGUGUUCGCCUGUGGUAUCCGCCGAGCGGGAAUUCGCCUGUGGCACUCGCCCGCGGUAUUCGUCUACGGGCUUGGCUCCGCCGAUCGGUAUUCGCCUGCAGGCCUGUGGUAUUCGCCUGUGGUAUUCGCCUGCGGUGCUAGCCUGUGGUAUUCGCCUGCGGUGUUCGCCUGUGGUAUCGCCUGCGGCUGGUCUUCCAGGCGCCCGAUGGCGCUUUCCACGUACUCAUGCAACGUGUGUGAAGAGCCGCUGGUCAAAAGCACGGCGUACGUCAAGCACCUGAGGAGUGACGAUUGGCAGGGGCACCGGCCGGUCACGUGCAAAGAUUGCUACGAGAAAGAAGAUGAGUACGAGAGCAAGUACACGGAUAAGGCGCGCUGGUCGGAGCUCGACGGGGUCAUCGAGGACGGCGCGAAGCGGGCCCGCGUGAAGAAAUGGUCGGAGCUCGAGCAAUCGGUCCGCAAGGAUUAUCCGGAGGCCUCCCGCUCCGAGCGCCGCAAGGCCACGCUGUUCGCCAUCCAGAAAGUGGCGCGGUACAUCGCCCUCAAGAUUUCCCAAGCGCCCCCAGAGCAGCGGCGCCAGCGCGAGCAGGCGUUCGUGGAGUUCGACGCCGAGUGGGAUAAAAAGGUGGCUGACCCCGAGUACGUGCCCGAAGUGAGGGCUUACAAAAUGUCGGACCACGCGGCGCAGUGGGCCUCGGAAAUCAUUGAGGGACUAUCGGAGCAUUUCAUCUGCCGGCACCGCGACUGCCGAGAAUGCUCGAGGAGCUGCGACUGGCUGAUGAAGGGCGCAGACCAGUACGGCUGCCCCCUUUGCUUGAGGCAGUACAGGCGUCCGACCGGUCACGGUUUCUCCUCAUCGUGGCCCGACACCACUAUGGCAACGCUCAUCAACAAGUUCAAGGAGAUCACGGCGAAGCUGGAUGCGGUCCUCGACGGGGUGCCGGAGAAGGAGCAGUGGCGGUUCGUCUGCAGCGAGCUGCAGGCCAAGGCGGCGCACCCCCUCACGACACAGUUCCUCUCGCCAGAGAACAUCGAGGAGUUGAAGAGGCUCAAUUCGACGAUGCGCUCGCCUUGGAGGUACGACCACAUCCUCGACAAGGGGUUCUGGUCCUUCCGCCUGGCGGACCACGGGGUGGCGAAUUUGGAUCAGCCUCUGAGCCAGGACGACGUCCUGUCCAUGUUCGCGUGGAGCAAGUGGCUCCUGCGCCAGUACAGUGGCUCCCGCCUGUACAUCCACGACCCGGUUAAGCAGGGGUCGUUGACCGAGGCCCUGGCGCAGGCGACCCACCGCGUCUUCCCGCCGUUCGCGCCUGAGCUGGCCGACACGAGGGCGACGUCCAGGCCUCGAGGGGCCGCCACUGUCGGCGCACCCUGGCCCCGCAGGCUCCCCGCCAAGCGGCGCGGCGACGCCGGGGUCACGAGGAGCGCCAAGGCCUUGUGCACCCGGCGCGGAGAGAGCCGGACGCUGCCAGGGCCGCCGGUGCCCGAGGAGAGCGCGGCCAAAGCCCCCGCGUCGCUGGUCGCUCCUGACGCGCCCGCGGGCCGAGGCGUCGGGAGGCGUUCCCUGGCGCAGCGCGCGGCGGCUGGGAGGACGUUGUCACGGCUGGUGCUUUUGAUGGACAUGCAUUUCUUCCACGAGCCAGUCGUCUUCGGCACCGCGGAUCCGCCGCGGCCGCGCGGGGGCCUUGUCGCAAUCAGCGGAGGGCAGCUCGCGUUCAUCCUGGGCGCAUUCACCCGCCGGGGGAAGCCGCUCGCGGACAUCGCCCCGCUGGUGGCGUGCCGCGACGGCGGCCGCGAUCUCCUGAAGGCAUCGCACAGUCACGCUACCACGUGCCCCGCAAGCUAUCUCGUCGACGUCGGCCUCCACUGCGCAGUCGCCACCGGGGUCGCUGAUCGACGCGGGGCGAGCAUUCUGUUCGAGGAUGUGCGCGAGUCGCGAUGCGCCUUGCCAGAGCCGAAAGCGGACGACCUGCGCCAGAUUCGCCAGGCCGCGCAGGCGUGGGCUGGCGGGGACAUAGAGUUGCCGUGCGAUGGCAGCUGCCACGUGGACCACAGCGUCGGUGAGAUCAUUCCCGCAGGCGAGAAGCGCCUGCGGUCCAUGGCGGAGUCGCGCGCCGUGGCGCGCCGGGCGAUGCCGACUCCGAGGGCGCGGGCAGAUCGGCGCGGGGGGGCGCGGGGCGCGGCGGUGAGCAGAUCGCCUCGCACAGGGUUGCAGAAGCAUUUGGACGAGCAGAAGGCGCUUGGCGCGCCGCACCACGCAGCGAUAAACAGCGAGGACCACAAGUGCUUCUGGGUGCUGGACUUGCCUUUGCCCCGGCAGUUCGACGCGAGGCGGAGGCGCUGCCGCACGUGCGCGGCGGCUGGUCUUCCGAACCGUUAUUUCGCCACGGACGUCAGCGACGUGGUGGCCGCUGUGCCGGGCGUGCUCCACUUGCGCUUGGAGAAGCAAGGGUCGGUGCUCAUGACCAAGCAGUUCCUGUUGCACCUCGUCCAGCUCUUCCACGAUAGACUUUGUCUUCGGCAGACUCGCCGCGCUUUAGUGGAGCAAUGCUGCGCUGGCGCUGCAGGGCUCCGAGCAGCCGGGCGAGUCCUCUCGUACUUGCGAGCCAUUCCCACGGCGCCGGGCCUCAAGCAAAUCUUGUUGACGGCGCUCGAGGGCUUCCUUGCCGAGGCGACCCGCCACAUGCAGAAACACAUCAACGUGUACUCGGGCGCCGUCAUCAGGGGCGACGGCAAUUACGUGCAGGCCCGAAAGGUCGCCGCGGAGGGCGACGGUGGGAGAGAUCGCCCGCGCACGGUCCUGCUGGCCUGGGUGACCGUGGACGGGGCGCUCUACCAGCCGCCGACGCUUUCAAGGUCAGAAGAUGUGAAGGAUGCACUGCAGGACCUGGGCCCUCUGGCGGGCAGCUUCAAGCAGGACCGGCUGGAGGCAGGUCUCAGCCUAGUGGACUCGGCUCCAGCAGUGCACGCCACGGACGUCUACGGAAGGCAGCGGUUGCAGCUGAAUGCUUUCUACAGGAGGAUGUACCCGGGGCUCGACGCCGACGCGGCGGCAGGGGCCCCAACGCCGAGGGGCGACGCGACGGGCGCUCGGACGCGCUUCGCCGGUUCUCCGACCACAGUGACGGGUGACCCGCUGCACGACACGCUGGCUGUCAUGCAGCUCAUCAGCGCGGCCUCGCCAGACGCGCGCAAUAUGUGCUACGACCACAAGGGUAUCCGAUUGCUUUUCGGGUCAACCCGACGCCGCGAGGACAUCCUGAACCGCUUGUCGCUGCCGCCGCGACGCCCCGCUGCCGCCGCCCCGGUGCCCGCAGAACAGCUGCCCUCCGCACCAGUUGCCGGCCCGCCCGAUGCGGGCGCGGGGGGGCCAGCUGCGCAGCCGCUGGCAGUGGAGCACCAUGAGAUGCUGCGCAAGGCUGUGGAAAACACCAAGGAACAGACUGCAGAGACAAUCAGGGAGAACCCUGCUUCUGCAGACGCGGUUGCAGCGUACUUGAAGCAGCCGCAAGUGGACCAGGAGCCCACGUGGCGCACAAUUUUCGGCGCGUCGCCGACGCGGGGCGCCGUUCUUCGACUGUGCGCAGCAUUCGGGGUGCAUGCGCACGACACGCUGGGAUACCACGGCUUUGAGACGCUGGCUUGUUUCAAGAAUGCCAUCCGGACGCACCUCAAGUGGUACGCGCCCGGGCGCAAAACGUGCCGGGCCGGCCCGCGCCUCCACGGCAAGCGCUCGGCCUUGACCAUGUCCGUGCAGGCGCACUACGACCGCCUGCUCAAGCCCCUGCGCCUCGAAGGCUUAUGGAAGUGGCGCGACGCUGCGCUGGCGAUCGCCGAUGCUGGCGCCCCGCUGCAGACCGGCGCCGUGGCCGUGGAACGCUGGUGGGCGAGCCUGAAACACAUGAUGCCGGCUAAGGCGGUUUGCAUUUCGGAGAGGUGGUUCCGGGCUUUGGUUGGCCUCGCUUAUUUGCGGCGCAACCACCGGCACUUCGCGAGCGGGUCUUUGCCCAGCUGGUGCCAGAUGGACCCUUUGCUGCAGCGGCGUCUGGCAUACUUCACGGACUGCGCCCGGCUCGUGCAGUCCGAGGGCGACGGCCACUUGAGCACCAUCUUCGACCCGUUCCGCUGA